CAGAUCCCACUUCUGCAGCCACACUGGCCUCCUGGCCGUUUCUUGACUAGCUCCCACAUUGAGACCUUAUUUGUAGCUGCUCCCUCUGCCGGGAAUGGUCUUCCUCCAGUUUUCCCUUUGGCUAACUUCCUCAUCUUCACUUCUUUGUUAAUAUCUCAGCUCACUCAUCCCUAUCCCUCUGUGUUGCUCUUCCAUCGUGGAGUCUAUCCGCCUAACUGUGUUCUAGUGUUUCUUUUUCCAAUAGCACAUAUUGCCUUCCAAUGUACUAUUUAAAUAGCUUAUUUCUUAAUUUUGCUUGUCUUCUGCAGGAAUGUAAUUCCCAUGAAGAUAGAUCUUAACUAAAUUCCUAGAAAAGUGCCUACUAUUCAACAGCAGGUUGCACCAACAGUGUUAACAGAAUAGCAGUAUAUAUCAAAUAAAUGUGGUUUGCCACCAUCACAGCCAAUGCCAGUAUGAUGCUGUGGAAGUAGUAUAGCACAGUGGCUAGGAGCAUGGCGUCUAAGGCAUGACCUUGGAUUUGAAUCUGGGUUCUAUUACUUCCUAGCAACAUGAUCUUGUACACAUUACUUAAUCACAGUUUCCUUAAUUGUAAAAUGAAGACAAAAACUGUACCUAUCCGAUAGAGUUGUUGUGCGGAUGAAAUGAUAAAAAUGAGCCACUUAGCACAGUAUCUGGAACUACGUAAAUGAUAGAUAGUAUUAUUUCCACUAGAACGUGCACUCCAUUACCACAUGGGUUUUUCUUUGCCUUGCUCACUGCUGUAUCUUUAGUGUCUAGAAUGGUGUCUGGUACAUAGCAGAUGGUCAGGGACAGUUUGUUGAGUGAAUAAGUGAAUUCUCACCAUCACAUUUCCUGGAGUAUUGUGGCAGCUUUCUACCCAGACUCCUUGCCCCAGACUGCUAGAGUGUUCUUUUUAAAUUUGAACCCAGUGGUUCUGAGAGUUUAGGAUCUAUGUGAAUGCCCUGGAGGGUGUGCUAAGACAGACUGCUGCGCCCCACAUCCAGAACUUCUGAUUCAGGAGCUCUGGCCUGGGGUAGAGAAUUUUCGUUUCUAACAGGAGCCCAGAUACUGUGGGUGAUGCUCUUCCAGGGUCCCCACGUUGCGGAAUACUGUUUGCAAAGAGUUCCUGGACCCAAAUCCAACACGGGAGGAAGGAGAGCCAUUCCGGGAUUGUGAGCAGAGGAGUGACAUAAUCUGAUGUCUUUUAAACCGAUCACACUUAAAAUUGUUAACCCUUAGUGGUAAGGACAGUACCUUGUUUUUAUUUUAAAAACUUAAGAAAAUGCCUGUUGUAUAUUUUACACUGCUUUUUGUUAUGGGUUGAAUUGUGUCCUCCCCAGCGCGACACAGUGUUGUGUCAGGGUUUCCUGCAGGAGCCACCCUCUUCGCGCUAGCUACACCCUUGAUCCCACGCGGCUGCCUCAGCCCUGAGCACAACGGCGGCCCCACGCCAGCGCAGCUCGCAAGUUUAAACCCCUAGGUCGCGGGUGGCGGGAACUAACCAGAUGCUCCUUAGCACCGCCCCCUGGCUGCAGGGCUCCUCUGAUUGGACGCGGCUGCAUCCGGGCGGCCAAUGGUGCGGCGGCGGCUUGUUCCCGGAAGUGGCGGCUAGGUCAGGGCCACCCCGGCUUCCGAGGCUGGCUUGGGGUCCAGUCACCCGGGGUUGGCCGGCGCUAUGAGUUCCUUCGAGGGACAGAUGGCCGAGUAUCCCACCAUCUCCAUCGAUCGCUUCGACAGGGAGAACCUGAGGGCCCGUGCCUACUUCCUGUCGCACUGCCACAAGGAUCACAUGAAAGGAUUAAGAGCCCCUACUUUGAAAAGACGGUUGGAGUGCAGCUUGAAGGUUUACUUAUACUGUUCACCGGUUACUAAAGAGUUGUUGUUAACCAGCCCGAAGUACAGAUUUUGGGAGAAACGGAUUAUAUCAAUUGAAAUCGAAACUCCUACCCAGAUACCUUUAGUCGAUGAAGCAUCAGGCGAGAAGGAAGAGAUUGUUGUCACUCUCUUACCAGCUGGUCAUUGCCCAGGAUCAGUUAUGUUUUUAUUUCAGGGCAAUAAUGGAACCGUCUUGUACACAGGAGACUUCAGAUUGGCAAAAGGAGAAGCUGCCAGAAUGGAGCUUCUGCACUCUGGGGGCAGAGUGAAGGACAUCCAAAGUGUGUACUUAGAUACGACUUUCUGCGAUCCGAAAUUUUAUCAAAUUCCUAGUCGGGAGGAGUGUCUGAGCGGAAUAGUGGAGCUCGUCCGCAGCUGGAUCACCCGGAGCCCGUACCAUGUCGUGUGGCUGAACUGCAAAGCCGCUUACGGGUAUGAGUAUCUAUUCACCAACCUUAGUGAAGAAUUUGGAGUCCAGGUUCAUGUGGACAAACUCGACAUGUUUAGAAACAUGCCUGACAUUCUUCAUCAUCUCACGACAGACCGUCGCAGCCAGAUCCAUGCGUGUCGGCAUCCAAAGGCAGAGGAAUAUUUUCAGUGGAAUAAAUUACCGUGUGGCAUCACUUCCAAAAAUAGAAUUCCGCUCCACACCAUCAGCAUUAAGCCAUCCACGAUGUGGUUUGGAGAAAGAAGCAGAAAAACAAAUGUAAUUGUGAGGACUGGAGAGAGUUCAUACAGAGCUUGUUUUUCUUUUCACUCCUCCUACAGUGAGAUUAAAGAUUUCUUGAGCUACAUCUGUCCUGUGAAUGCAUAUCCAAAUGUCCUGCCAGUGGGCACAACUAUGGAUAAAGUUAUAGAAAGCCUAAAGCCUUUAUGCCGCUCUUCCCAAAGCACUGAGCCAAAGUAUAAACCACUCGGAAAACUGAAGAGAGCUAGAACACCGCACCUAGACUCAGAGGUGGAGGAAGAUGAUCUCUUUGAUGAUCCUCUGCCAGUCCCUUUAAGGCACAAGGUUCCAAACCAGCAAACUCUUUACCCUGAGGCAUUUCCAGUGACUGCAGUAUCACAAAACCAGCCUGAAAACCUGAGAGAAAGCACAGGAGGCUUCGAAGCAGAGAGUACGCAGACCUCCCUUUGGGCCAACUUUAUAGAUUGUGAGGAAUCCAACAGUGAAAGUGAAGAAGAACUACAAAUCCCAGCUUCCUCUCAAGGAGAUCUGGGUCCCGUCACUCAUCACCAGCCAAAGGCUGAUACGGAAGUACCACAGUGGGAAGUAUUCUUUAAAAGAAAUGAUGAAAUCCCAGAUGAUGGUUUGGAAAACUUCCCUUCCUCCACAGAGGCGGGAGGCUCUCAGUCACCAAAGCUUUUCAGUGACUCCGAAGGGGAAUCAACUCACAUCUCUUCCCAGACUUCUUCUCAGUCAACACACAUAUCGGAACAAGGAAGUCAAGGCUGGGACAGCCAAUUUGACACUGUUUUGUUAUCUUCCCAAGAGAGAAACAGUGGGGAUAUUACCUCCUUGAACAAAGGUGGCCACAGACCAAGACUCAAAGAGAAUGUUCCUGCCUCUCAGGUGGAACAAAAUGUAUUUUGCCUAAAGGAUACUUACUGUGAUUUGAAAAGCAGGCAUCAAGAUGUAAAUAUAGUUCCUGGUGUUGGAGAACCAACCACUCUAAGCAGUGGGAAACAUAUACCUCAGGAAAGAAGGCUGCUGCAUCCUAGCACCAACGCAGACUCACAGAGCUCCUCUGAUUUUGAAAUUCCCUCAACUCCAGAAGCUGAGUUACCUGAACGAGAGCAUUUACAGUAUUUAUACGAGAAGCUGGCAACAGGCGAGAGUAUAGUAGUUGAAAAAAGAAAAAGCUCACUCUUAGAUACUUGAGAAUUAAAAACACUUCAUUCCGGAGCAACCACUAAAAAACCUAUACAAAGAGGUAAUAGUCAAAAUCAUAAUAGAUAAAUUAAAAUGGAAUACUUAAAAAUGCUCAUAGAAUGUAAAAGAAGGCAGUAAAGGGGAAACAAAGGAAUAGAAAACAAAUAAGGUAUGGUAGAACUAAAUCCAAAAAUGGUCUAAACACACAGGAAAAAACAUAAUUAUGUGCUGUCUAUAAGAAACUUCCUUCAAAUGACAUAGGUAGGUUAAAAAUCAAAGGAUGGAAAAAGAUAUACCAUGUAAACACUACUUAGAAGAAAGCUGAAGAGGCUAUGUUAAUAUCAGACAAAUUUCCUAAUGAUAAAAGUUUCAGGUCACCAAGAAGCCUUAAUCCUAAAUGGGUAUGUACCUAACAACAGCUUCAAAAUAUACAAAGCAAAAACAACUGAAAGAAAAGACAAACUAAUGCACAAUUAUAACUGGGGACUUUAACAUUCCUCUCUCAGUAAUCAAAUUAGUAUACAGAAAAUCAGCAAGGAGACAGAAGAGCUGAACAGCACCAUCAACCAAUUGGAUCGGACACAGAACACUCCACCCAACAGCAGAACACAUGCUUUUCAAGUACACAUGGGACAUUCACCAAGACAGACCCUAUCUUGGGUCAUAAAAACAUUGCAAAUUGAAAGAAUAAACUUGGAUCUAUUACCAUAAACUGAUGGCUACAGGAAAAAAUCAGCCCCUUAUUUAUCUCAAACGAUGUUACAUCACUUAAGAAUAUUUGUGUGAAUAUAGUGGUAAAAUUAUAAUUAGAAAAAUUAGGACCUAAAAGAAAAUAAGUGGCAAAAGUAUGAGUGUGUUCUGUGAGUCCUUCAACUUCCUUAUAGUUACAUGUGGACGUAAUAAAGUUAAAUAUUCAUCAACA